AUGACGGAUUACGAUCCACGUCGUCCAUUGCUUCAGCCAAAUGAAGUUGCAGUAUUUCACGGACUCUUCCAAGUCGAAUCGCGGUUCAAGAUCAAGCAAAGUUACUUCGAGACCGGGAGACAUUCAACCAUGCGUAGACACGCCAUUGCUUGCAUUCAGAAAUAUUCCGAUUGUCCGGACUUUGAUGCUUUCACACCGUAUCUUGCAAUGAACUAUUAUGACAGCUUCCUCUCGGAUCAUUCACUGCCGAAUGAAAACGAAUUGGAGUUUGCGAGUAAGGAUCUUAUGAAAAUGGAGCUUCAUAUACUCAAUACACUGAAAUGGCGAAUGCGAUCUUUCACUCCGAUAUGCUUUGCGAAAUUCUUCUUUUCUCAAUUGAAGCCAACAGGAGAACAAUUGAAAACGAGACCUGUUUUCAUAAUCAUCAUAAGAUCUCAAAACAAUAUCGCGUUCACACAGUUCAGGCCGUCGGUAGUGGCUGCAUCUGCAGUUCUCAAGCAUUUGUCGAAUGUGUCUCCCGAGCAAUUGGAUGACUUCAAAGAGACAUCUUGCACUUUUGUUCCAGCGGAUGAACUAAAGUUGUGCCUCGAGGAGAUGGAGAAAUGGUACAAAAUCCAAUUCGGAGAUGGAGGCGGAGGAGGAGGACCACCAGAAAAAAGACUCAGUGAGACUAUUGAUAUUCCAGGGGCCAGAGGUGGUGCUAGUUCUUCAUCAGCCGCUGGCGGUGGAGGUGGAGGUGGAGGUGCCGAUUCUUUACCGACACUGUUAGAUGCGGCUCGGCCAUCAAUAGCAUUCAGAGGACAACGACCUGGCAAAGACACAGUAGCAGAAGAAGACGAGGAUGUGGAGGAGAAGGAGGAGGAGGAGGAGGACGUUCUGAGCAGUUUAACCAGUGCGAGUGGUGAUGCAUCACCGGCACCGUCAGGACGACGACCUGGCAAAGAGCCAGUAGUAGAAGAAGAAAAAAAGGAGAGGGCAGCUAAGGAGGAGAUCAAAGAGGCUGAGGAGGAGUUUUUGAUGAAUUUCCCACUGGAGUGGACUUCUGAUGAUAUCAAAAAAACCGCCAAAGCCCUUUCCAAAGGUGGGUUUGCUGGAAUUACGCAAUUCUGCGACAUACUCUAG